CCAUGCGCAGGAUCGCUUUGAGUUCAGUUAAAAAAAAAAAAAGCCUAAAAAGCCAAAAAAAAUUAAAUUAAAUUAGAAAGGUAAUGUCCAAUCGACUGAAUCGAGGCCGCCUUUCCUCUCCUCUAGAUUCCUCAUCUCGGAGACCAUCCAUUUUCGGUACCGAAAUUCCGUACGAGAACCCAAGACAUUCAGCUCAAGCUCCUCGAGUUCUGCCUCGGUUUUCUCAAAGAAAGAUCUAGGGUUCCGACCCCAUACCUCUCCAAUUGUUCUGAAAUGGGAAGCAAGAGGGAAGAAGAGCGAAAUGAGAAGAUUAUUCGUGGUCUCAUGAAGCUUCCGCCCAAUAGGAGGUGCAUCAACUGCAACAGCUUGGGUCCUCAGUAUGUUUGUCCGAAUUUUUGGACUUUCAUCUGUACGACUUGCGGUGGGAUACAUCGUGAGUUUACUCAUCGUGUGAAGUCUGUCUCCAUGGCUAAGUUUACUUCGCAAGAGGUUGAAGCACUUCAAAAUGGUGGUAACCAGCGUGCAAGGGACACAUAUCUGAAGGAUUGGGACCUUCAAAGGCAGCGAUUGCCUGACAGCAGCAAAGUUGAUAAAAUACGGGAGUUUAUAAAGAAUGUAUAUGUGGAGAGAAGAUAUGUUGGUGGAAAGACCUCUGAUAAGCCUCCAAGAGAUGUGCAGAACCUUAGCAUCUCUGAAGUCGAGACGAGACGUGCCAGUUCCUAUCAUUCUUAUUCUCAGAGUCCACCGUAUGAUUAUCAAUAUGAAGACCGACGGUAUGGAAAACAAGCUGGCGCCCUGUCCAGGAAGCCUGGUUCAGAUCGGGGUCGCUAUGAGGGGAAGAUGUCUAGUUUAGUCUACAGUCCUGGUCGCUUAAGUGAAAAAAUGUACGAGGACAGGUUUGCAAAUGAAGGCUCCGUUUCCAGAAUUUCAGACUACUCUGUGUCUAGUGCAGGUGAUCCCUUCAGAUCUAAUGCCGGGUCUCCUAAUUUUCAUAAGGAUGUUGGAUUUAGCAGCCCCCCUAUACAGCCUUCGAGGGGUAGUUUAAGUGAAGACUCUUGGUUUCAGGCAAUAAAUGCAUCUUCUGAGGCACAUGCCAAGAGAGAUGCAGAUGGAAUUCCACAUCCGCAGAGAAUUGCAUCUUCGGGUAGCUUUGGAUCAAUGGACAGCAAUUCCCUGUCUUACAAGUCAUAUAACCCUGGUGGUUUAACAGAUGUUGUCUCAGAACUGGAACAACCUGCUGGAACAUUACAGGAUAAAGCAUAUAUGUUUACGCAAUCAUCUGUUUCUGAAAGUUCAGGCAAUUUGGAUCUUUUCACGGCACCACUCGUUUCAGAACCAGAGUCUUCUACAGCUUCACCCUUAGAUUUGAAUAGAAUACUGGCAGCAUCAUCAGCUCCAUCUCUGGAUUUGUUUCAACCAUCUGUUAUAUCUCCAGCUUUAUCUGUGAAUCUAUAUCAACCUCCACAAACUUCCACAUCGUCAUCCUUGGACUUCUUUGCCGAGAUUUCUCUGCAGCAGCCAGCGACAACCUUGGAUAAAGAACCAACCCAGUUAUCUGUCCCUGAAAAUGAAGGAUGGGCGACAUUUGAUACACCUCAGGCCACUCUUGCAUCUAUUCCACAUGCUGGAAAUCCUACCCCAGAAAGAGUACCAAGUAGUGAUUUAGGUUCAUUGGAAAAGUUUGACAAGUUUUCAUCCUUAAAUACAAACAUGCAUUGGCCCUCAUUUCAAUCUGAUAGUUUUCAUGGGUCUUCUUCAACAAUGUCUAAUCCAUGGCAUGAUGGUUUGCACAAUGUUCAACCUCGCACUCAGGCAUGGAAUGCAUUUGAAGAUUCCACGGGGAACCUUUCUUUGGAAGGCAAUAAGCAAGGUAGGGAACUACAGCUAGAAACUCACAAUCUUUCAUCAACUACUGAUCAGUACUUGGGCUUAAGAGAUUUAGAGGGAGAGAUGAAAUCACAUGCAAUGGAUCAUAAAUCUACAAACCCAUUUGAUCUCCCGAAUGAUUCUGAUUUCGAACAGAGCAAUAUGUUCUUGGACAUGAGCCCCUUGGAUGCUGCUCUCCCCAAUGCCCAGUUACCAUCCACCUUUCAUGGCGGUGUAUCUCAACCAUGGUUCCCUCAAAAUACAGGGACUCCUUAUAUUCCAGCUGUAGGACAAGGUGGCUUAACGUAUAUGGCAGGGCAAACCCCAAGCUCUCAAAUGGCGAAUGUCUCGUCGCAGGGGCCAGUUGCUUCCAUUGGAGGUAACCCUUUUGCAUAGAAGAUUAUGGUGGAGAAAUUAUUAUCUUAAUUAUUUUUAGUUUGUAGAAGUUUUUCACUGACUAUUAAUAUCUAGACCUUUUUUAUAACCUAGAAUAAUCAAUUUUCAUGGUAUUAUUCAUUUAUGUAAUAACCUUGAGAAUUACCUUGGGCGAAACUGCAAGGCCAUGAAAUUUAUUUGUCUUAUGUUUGAGGCCGCCGUUUGAGAUUGUAGUUAAAUUGGUGAUGUAUUGUUGAAUUUAGAUAAAGAUAUGUGGCAGCAGUUUCUGACAAGAGAGAUGGAAGUAACCAACCAAUCUACCUGUUUUCGUAGCCUUGGUUCAGCAGACACGCGAGACACAAUAAAGGCAUUCAUUUAACUUA